GGAGUGUCUUGAAUUGACUAGGGAAAAUUGCUGUGUGCCCAGGAAGUUCUGAGGAACAAAUCUCUGUUUGAAUGGUCCUGCCUGCACCUGGGACGCUACUGCAAACCUUGCAGUGGAUGUUUCUGAUUUCUCAGCAGAAAGGAUGACAUCCACGCCAGAAAUCCAGAUAGAAGAAAUGCUGGAUAGUGUGGAUGAUAAGGCUGAAAGUGGUCCCCCAUUGGAUGACCAUCUGCGGAAUCUGAAAGCCCUGACAGAGAAACUGAGGCUGGAGACCAGGAGGCCUUCAUAUUUGGAGUGGAAAGCUCAUCUGGAAGGACUGUCCUGGAAGAGCCAUCCCAAACCUCCCGAGGAGGACAUGGGCAGGCAAGAGAAGAAACCAACAGAGGAAAAUAUUUCUUUGAGAGAAGUGCAGGUUCAUAUCAAUGGAAGUUCUUCCAGAAAACCAAUUCUGCUUGUCCCGGAGAAAGUGUGUGGCUUUGGAAACAUUGAUGAAGCAUUAAAUUGGCUCCGGAAAGAGUUGAUGGAAAUGCGCCUCCAGGACCAGCAGCUGGCUCGGCAGCUCAUGCGCCUGCGCAGUGACAUCCACAAACUCAAGAUUGAGCAGACCUGCCACCUCCACCGGCGGAUGCUGAAUGAUGCCACCUAUGAGCUGGAAGAGAGGGACGAGCUCUCUGACCUCCUCUGCGAUUGUCCCCUCACAUCCUCCUUCAGCCUCUCCACCCCACUCAAGCUCAUUGGCGUGACAAAAAUGAACAUCAAUUCCCGCCGCUUCUCGCUUUGUUAAAGUGGGAGGAAUGGGCACCAGAAGUGUAUGGGAUGGGAGAUACCUUCAAGACCUAGGAGAAGAAGCUCCCAUUGUCUGGUUGGGAGAUAGGCACAACAAGGGAGAAGAGAGAGUAAAGGGGCUCUUCCCCUGAUCUAAUAGGAGUGGGCUGUGGUGCCAGUCAAGAUAGUAUCCAGAAGGAUUUGCAGACAAGUGGAGAACAAUGAGGCUCCCAAAGGACAGGAACACAUCAAAAUCUAAGUCAUACAGGCAAAAGCAUCUCUUCUUUCAGUGAUUAAACUUAUCCUAAACCAUGUGAUGACCUGGAGGCUCCCUAACUGAGAACAAUAAAGGAGAAACAUAGCUGAAAACCAUUAGUGAAGUCUUUUGGCCCCAUUCAAAUGAGAGAGAUGAAGAAUUCAUGUUGCUGCAAGGAAGAAAGAGGGAGGGGAGCUAGCCAGAAAGUAUUAUGUACUAUCUAAAAAAAGAUUUCAGUUUAGUUUUUGUCAGUGGGAUGCAGGUAAUGUGUAGAUACAAUUGUUUAUAGAGAUUCUCCAGAGCCAUCCAGGUCAUCAUUGUCCCCAAGAUGCUGUUCAAAAGGCAAGUAGACUUUCUUGGCUUUUUUCCCUUGA